GUUUGGAGAGUAACAACAGGUUAGGAAUUAAGUUAUUAGGUUAUGUCAAAAAAAAUAAAUAAAAAAAAUGCUGCAAACAUGACUAUGGCAAAUUAUACGUUGUUAUGUGUUCAUGGAAAUGAUCGUUAUUUGUCCGGCGUCUCCCCACUCCUAUCGGCGCCCGAUCAUUGUGCGUUUGUGUGCCUGACGCUCACAACAUUCCCGGCUCGCGCGUAUUCACGUGUGUUUUACUGUUUUAGCGUCGUCGCCUGCCAGGACCAAACUGAAUUUUCUGUUAAUUAUUAAAUGAUAAUAUGAGUUUCAUUACAGUCUAUUUAGUCGAACUACAUUGAUCGCUGCUAGUCACUUCUUUUUUUUGUUCCUACGAGUGCCGCUGUCCGAUUCCACCAUGAAUCCAAGGGAACUCCAUAGUCAGAAUUUUGAUCUCUGCAGAAUUUGUCUGCGUGAGCCGGAGUCCCACAGAGACAUGUCGUUUCUUAGUGUUUGUGAACGUGUCUUACACGCUCCCCAGAAUUUGAGCAUAAAUAAUCUUAUGUCUGAACUGCUUGGAAUCAAGAUCGACUUCACUGAUGUCAAACCUAGGAUUGUUUGUGAAGUCUGCUGCAGUUCACUGGUUUCCUUUUAUGAGUUUAAGGCGAAAGCGGCUGAAUCUGAAAUUGUCGUCAAUUACAUUGCUACAAGAGGAUUUCAUGUUACUAGGCCUAGCACUUCCAUUGAAUCAACUCCAUCACCGAUGUUAACAAAUAAUGACCAAUCAUCUCAGGAAUCUUCGUCCAACCAUUCUCAACUUCAAUCACAUGAAUCAAAUAUGUUUGGUGCUUCUACGUCCAGAGCUUUCUAUAGAGAUGUUCCAUUAGAGGAUAAUGAAGAGUCUACUCAGGAAUCUACUUCAUCAACGAUGUCAGAGAAUGACCAAGUAUCUACUCAGCCAUCUACUUCAUCACAGAUGUUUUUUAGUAAUAUCAAUGAAUCAACACAGGCAUCUACUUCUUCAUCUACGUUAAAUUAUACUCAAGUAAAACCACUAAGAUCAAAUGAAAUAAGAACAAAUGUACAUGGCCGUAGCAGAGGUGUUUCUAGUAGAUCAAUUAUUGCUAAUCCUUCAAAUUCAGAAUUUGUUGAAGAAUCAAAUGACGAUUGCAUAUUAGUAGAAACUCCAAUAGAAACUGUUGAUUUAACGUUAAGCAAUGAAAGUGAAAAUAUCGAUGAAGAAUCAUCUGACUACGAAGAAUCAGUUGUAUUAUCCCACCAUGAUGAAACCGUUGAAUUAUCAUCAGACGGUGACAAUAAUAUGAAUUUCAAAAAUAAAAAUAAAAAUAAUAAGACUGAAAAAUUAUACUACUGUUCAAUCUGUAAAAAGAAGAAAAUCCUCAACCAUGAUUGUUCUCAACAAACUAAAUCUUUUUUUACUUGUUUGGUCCCUAAUUGUAACAUUUUAUCAAGAUCAAAAACACAUUUUACAUCACAUUAUCGACAGCAUAUUGGUAUGUCUUCAUCAGCAGUUAUGUGUCCUCGUUGUUUUCAAAAAAUAGAACAAUCUAACAUUGAUGGCAAUGGUUGUCAUGUACACUGUAACACUUUAAAUGCAUUUAAAUGUUUUACAUGCAAUGUUGUAUUUAAGAGUAUGCAAGAAUUAGCCUUUCAUAAAUUAAAAACACACAAUGGCCUUUUGAUGGAUGUACAUGGUAAUUAUUUAUGUUUACAUUGUGAAGAAUCAUUUCCGGAACUAGCAGUCAUAAAUGAUCACAUGAAGUAUUGUCUUGAAAAUCAGACAAACAAUGCAACUGCAGCUAGCAUGAAGCUUAAAAAACCUACCAGAAAUAAAACAAGAAGAUCUUUUCGGAAAAGUAAUGUAAAGGAUGUAACUGUGCAUAAAAAUCAAAAAAAUUCACUUACAUCAGAACAUGUACUUUUUACUUGUUUAAAACGUAAUUGCAAUCUCAUCUUCCAAACCUUUAGAACUUUUAAACUUCAUUAUCGUUCACAUUUUAAACUUGGGAAUACUUUGAUGUGUUGGCAGUGUUGUAAGCCAUUUUCUGAUAUAUCUAGUCUUAGAAAUCAUCAAUUUAAAAAUAACUGUCGUACCAUUAGCAUGUUCAGAUGUUUUGAAUGUCCUGAAAAAUUUGGUGAUCUUGAAGGUUUGAGUAUUCAUAAAUUUACCUACCAUAAUGGUAAUUUAAUGGCCUGUAAAAAAAAUAGAAAAACUAUUAAGUGUGCAUUUUGUCAAAUGGAUAUUACUAUUUUCGACUUCCAAUCUCAUUUGGCCAAAUGCCAAAAGAAGACUGUAAACAAAACUACUUGUACUAAAAAGGAUACACGCACUUAUAAUUGUUUGAUUUGUGAAAAAGUUUUUUUUUCACCAGUAUCCUUAUCAAAUCAUUCGAGGAUUCACAAUCGGGCUCGAGUAAUGGCAAAUCUGAAAAAAGAAUAAAUACAUUAUCCUAAGAAUUGAAGGCAUCUUAAAUUUAUAAAACUUAAGUUAAAAUCAAUAAACUGAUGAAUUGUUUAUGUUGAAAAAAUGAUCAUCAGUAGCAGAACACUGCAAAAUUUAGACUUUAUAUACUAUUAUUGUACUGGAGUUAAAUUAUUUGUUCUAUUUUAUGUUUUGUUUUAUAUUUGUAUAAAGUACUCAUUUUUUUAUCUUUAUAAUUUAUAUUUUAAUAAUUUUAAUUCAAUAUAACACUUAUUUUGAAUAUGAAUAAUAAUCUGUUUCAUAUAUUUUUUAAGUUUUUUAGUUAGUAGGCGAGGUCAGUGAUGAAAUCGCGUUAAAAUAAGGAUAUUAGAUGUUUUUUAAAUAUAUUAGUACCAUCAAUGAUAUUCAUAGAAUAUUGAAAAUGCCUAGUAUAAUUAACUCUUUUUGGUUUAUUAAUAAUAUUACUAUUAUAAGCUAGUUUUAGUGAAUGCCUAAGGCAGACAAUGUCACAAAAAAUUAAAUAAAAAUAGUUAUUUUUGUAAUUUACCAUUCAUUAUCAUUGUCGAUUAAAAUCAUGCAGUCGAAGAUAAAUGAAGUGAGCUCUAAUAACUAAGUACAAACAACAAAAACAAUUA